AUGAGUGAACUGGAUCAGCUACGCCAGGAGGCUGAGCAGCUCAAGAACCAGAUCAGAGAUGCCAGGAAAGCGUGUGCAGAUGCUACCCUGUCUCAGAUCACAGCUAACAUCGACCCUGUUGGCCGAAUUCAGAUGCGCACCAGACGGACACUGAGGGGACAUCUGGCCAAAAUCUAUGCCAUGCACUGGGGCACUGACUCAAGGCUUUUGGUCAGCGCCUCCCAGGAUGGCAAGCUCAUUAUUUGGGACAGCUACACCACAAACAAGGUCCAUGCCAUCCCGUUGCGCUCCUCCUGGGUGAUGACGUGCGCCUACGCCCCCUCCGGGAACUACGUCGCCUGUGGUGGCCUGGACAACAUCUGCUCCAUCUACAACCUGAAGACCCGUGAAGGCAAUGUGCGCGUCAGCCGCGAGUUGGCCGGACACACAGGUUACUUGUCCUGCUGUCGCUUCCUGGAUGACAACCAGAUUGUCACCAGCUCUGGAGACACAUCCUGUGCUCUGUGGGACAUUGAGACCGGUCAGCAGACAACUACGUUUGCUGGUCACACCGGUGAUGUGAUGAGUCUCUCUCUGGCGCCCGACACCAGGCUGUUUGUGUCUGGAGCCUGUGAUGCCUCAGCCAAGCUCUGGGACAUCAGAGAAGGAAUGUGCCGACAGACCUUCACUGGCCACGAGUCAGACAUCAAUGCCAUUUGCUUCUUCCCUAAUGGCAACGCCUUUGCCACGGGCUCCGACGAUGCCACCUGCCGGCUCUUUGACCUGCGUGCUGACCAGGAGCUGAUGGUUUACUCUCACGAUAACAUCAUCUGCGGCAUCACCUCUGUGGCAUUCUCCAAGAGUGGCCGCCUUCUGCUGGCGGGCUACGAUGACUUUAACUGCAACGUGUGGGACACUCUGAAGGCCGACCGCGCAGGGGUCCUGGCUGGUCAUGAUAACCGAGUGAGCUGCUUGGGCGUCACCGAUGACGGCAUGGCAGUGGCAACAGGGUCCUGGGACAGCUUCCUUAAGAUCUGGAACUAG